AUGACAAACAACAACAGUUGGCUUCAGAGGCUGCUAGGUGGCACAGACUCACCCUACAUAUCGCCUCAUUAUGCGGAAAACGACAACGAAGGGAUCACAAAACAACAGCUUGAUUCUUUCUUAGCCAGUUCAAUGGCCCAGCUGGAUGUGCGGCAACGGGAGUCCAUUCUUGAAGAUCUACACGGGAUACGUAACAGUGAAAACCCCGAGAGCAAUCCUGCUUCUGUUGAACUCUGGUUGCAGCUUCUUGAUAUGCACCUUCAGAAUAUCAAGCGAGGGUCUGUUUAUGAGACUGCUGAAGCUAUUGAUCGAAUAUAUGUCACAAGCAGAAAGUUUCGGAUGAUGUUUCUUCGUUCCAAUCGGUAUGAUCCUCAGGCUGCAGCAGGUCAAAUGAUUAAAUUCUUGGAACUGAAGCGGUCACUCUUUGGCCAAGAAAAACUGACACGGAAGAUACUAUUGACUGAUUUGAAUGAGGACGAGAAAACGUAUCUCGAAUCGGGUACUCUACAAAUAUCGACGAAACGAGAUCGAUCAGGGAGAGAAAUUCUUCUUGUCUUUCCAUCUCUCCGAAGAACCGGAACCGAAGUCCAAGUCAACACCGCGCUUAGAUCGCGAUACUACGUGCUCAUGAAUAUGCUGGAAUCUGAGGAGAAUCAAAGGAAUGGAAUAGUACUGGUUUACUUUGGUGCUUUGUCACAACCUAAUCAGCGCGAAUCCAACUCUGGCCUUCUUUGGGAUCUGCCAGUUUUCUUGGCAGGUAUUCAUUGCUGUUUCAAUAACCUGGCAGCCUAUCUUUUGAUAAGCGUUGCAGUUCUGCGCUUACCAUUCGCUCUCAGACCACGUAUGAGGGUGCACUACGGUACUUGUACUGAAUGUCUGGACAAGCUGGCAUCGUUUGGCAUUACCAAAGAAGCCAUUCUCAAUGACUCCAACGAACCCAAUCUGAUUGGCCAUAUGCAAUGGUGUCGUCACAGACAAGAGCUGGAACUGACAUAUGUGAGCGAAAGUGACGCCGAAUCGGUAUCGCUUGCGUCAACAGGUUCUAUCAUUCCUCGACCGUUGGACGUUUUGUUUGGACCCGGCAGUAGGAAGAAUGAAGGUAAUAUCCUUGUGAGAAAUCUUGCUCACAAGGUCCUUGCCGAAUACAACGAUUCUACUAACAAUGAUAAGGUGCAGCUCACGGAGACGAUAAUAGAUGAAGUCACGAAGAGAGGCGGAAGGUUCUUGAAGCAAAAUGACGAUACGAAGGAGUGGGAAGAAGCAAGUCACAUCGAGGCUUGUAGGAAGAUCGCGCACACAUUUCGGAACAUUCGACGACCCAGCCGUGCGAAAAGCAAGUCAUGA